GCAGGAAACAAGCGAAAGGAACACAGAAAAGGAGAAUGGAGGAAGUAGUGUGGUGGAUUAUGAAGCCUCUAUUCUUGUGGCUGAUCGGACUUGUGUUAAUGGUGAAGCUUGGAGUAUCACUGUGGUGGCGACCUUUCAAAAUCCAGGCUCAUUUCUCCCGCCAAGGAAUCAGAGGCCCUCCUUAUCGUUUCUUCAUUGGAAACGUCCAUGAAGUCGUCUCUAUGAUGCUCAAAGCUUCCUCUCAGCCUAUCUUCCCUUUCUCUCACAAUAUCCUCCCCAGAGUCCUCUCCUUCUACCAUCACUGGAAGAAGCUUUACGGUGCAACAUUCCUGGUUUGGUUUGGACCCACGGUUCGUCUCGCAGUGUCUGAUCCCGACCUUAUCAGAGAAAUAUUCACCUCCAAAUCAGAAUUCUAUGAGAAGAACGAAGCACCGCCACUUGUGAAGCAGCUUGAAGGCGAUGGACUGCUUAGCCUCAAAGGAGAGAAAUGGGCUCACCACCGGAAAAUCAUCUCCCCGACUUUCCACAUGGAAAAUCUCAAAUUGUUGAUACCGGUGAUGGCGACCACCGUAGCAGACAUGUCGGACAAGUGGUCGGAGAUGUCGUUUGAGAGUGGCGGUGAAGUGGAAAUCGAAGUCUCAGAGUGGUUUCAGACGUUAACGGAAGAUGUCAUCACCAGAACAGCCUUCGGGAGCAGCUACGAAGAUGGCAAAGCCAUCUUCAGACUCCAAGCUCAACAAAUGGUCUUAGCCGCCGAUGCCUUCCAAAAAGUUUUCAUCCCAGGUUACAGAUUCAUCCCGACGAGGAGGAAUAUAAGAUCAUGGAAGCUAGACAAGGAGAUGAAGAGAUCAGUAGUGAAGCUGAUAGAGAAGCGACGGGCAAGAGAGAAGGAAGGGGAAGAGGAAGAAAAAGAAGCCGGAGGGGCGAAGGAUUUGUUGGGGCUAAUGAUGAAGGCGGAGAGCGGGAAGGUGACGGUGGAGGACAUGGUGGAGGAAUGCAAGAGUUUCUUCUUCGCUGGGAAACACACGACAUCGAACCUGCUGACGUGGACCACCAUCCUCCUCGCUAUGCAUCCUCAGUGGCAGCUCCUCGCACGUGACGAGGUGCUUCGAGUAUGUGGUUCCUCACGUGACCCGCCCUCCAAAGAUCAGCUUCUCAAGCUCAAGACUCUAAGCAUGAUUAUCAACGAAUCGUUAAGGUUGUACCCGCCAACAAUUGCAACAAUCAGACGAGCUAAAACAGACGUGGAUUUGGUAUAUAAGAUCCCGCGUGGGACCGAGCUUCUGAUUCCAAUCCUAGCCGUCCAUCAUGAUCAAACAGUAUGGGGCAACGACGUGAACGAAUUCAAUCCUGGCCGUUUCUCAGAGGGAGUGGCCCGCGCAGCAAAGCAUCCAAUGGCAUUCAUCCCGUUUGGCUUGGGUGUUCGCACAUGUAUCGGACAAAACCUCGCACUGCUGCAAACCAAGCUUGCUCUAGCCAUCAUACUACGGCGUUUUAGCUUCAGGUUGGCCCCACACUAUCAACACGCUCCAACGGUUUUGAUGCUUCUCUACCCUCAAUACGGUGCGCCCAUAAUCUUCAAACCCUUGUCCAAUCCUGAUGAAGGGUCGUGAUUCGACUGGCUAUGAUCCUUUGCAUACGCUUCCAAUGUAUCUCCGUUUGUGUGGGGCACAUAUAUAAAUUUUUUUCGGGAAAAAAAAAAUUAACUAAAGUCCAAUUUUCAAGAGACAGAGUUCAUCAUCACGGUGAUGGUCCCCUUUAGAAGAAUUUAGGCUCCUAACGCAGUAUAUGUAAAUGUCAAUUAAAGUCGGGGGCCUGGAAAAGAAUGAAAAGGAUUAUUAUGGGGGUUAAAUUACCGUGGUGACCUUCCCCAAUUUGUUUAAUGACCCGUGGAGCAGAGUGCGUGCUGUGAGGAUUUUGGUUUGCUACUAACAACUAGCUAGUCAUAUAGCUUCUUCACCAUUUUGUGUAUAUCUUGUGUAAAUUUUCCUUUCAUUUUUUAAUUGAGAUUUGUAAUUUUAUAA